UCACUCACAACAAAGGAAUCACAUAUUCGCACACUUUCCCCAUUUCCCCUCUCUCAGUGUUUAACAGAGCUUUCUUUCUUUGGCUCGGUUCCAAAACUUUGCUCUCUACUAAGUGGAGUCGUGAAUUUCUGGACAGGGAGAAAUGGUGAUGUCGCUUUCAUACGCUCCACCUGCUGCCAUAUCCACAGCUCCAUCAUCUUCUUCCUCUUCUUGUCUUGCUAGCAGCAGGGCUCUUCUUCCCACUUCUCGUACCUUUCAUUUUCCCCGCGUUAGCCACUCUGGCUCACAUAGGGCUGGAAUUAGAUGUAGGUAUGCAGGUGCUGGCAUAAAAGAGAACGUCAAUCCUGGCACUAUUGAUGUUGUGGCUGAUGUCAAGACUGAGCGAGUUGUAGUAUUAGGAGGUAGCGGUUUUGUUGGUUCUGCAAUAUGCAAAGCUGCUGUAUCCAAGGGUAUAGAGGUCAUAAGUCUUAGCAGGUCAGGACGCCCUUCUUACACAGGGUCAUGGGUAGAUCAGGUCACAUGGAAGUCAGGGGAUGUUUUUUAUGUUAACUGGGAUGAAGUGCUUGUUGGGGCCACUACAGUUGUUUCAACUCUUGGUGGCUUUGGCAGUGAGGAACAAAUGCUAAGAAUUAAUGGCGAGGCUAAUGUCGUGGCAGUUAAUGCUGCUAAAGAUUUUGGGAUCUCUAAGUUCAUCUUAAUAUCGGUGCAUGAUUAUAAUCUGCCAUCCUUCCUACUUAAUUCGGCAUACUUCACUGGAAAGAGAAAAGCGGAGUCUGAGGUUCUCUCAAAGUAUCCAAACUCAGGUGUUGUGUUGAGACCUGCUUUCAUCUAUGGAAAGAGGAAGGUUGAUGGCCUUGAGAUACCUCUAGAUUUUAUAGGGAAACCACUUGACAAUUUUCUUAGUGCUACGGAAAACUUUAUUAAACCUUUGAGCUCUCUGCCUGGCUCUGAUUUGCUCUUGGCUCCACCAGUCAGUGUAGAUGAUGUCGCCUAUGCAGUGAUAAAUGCUAUCGGAGAUGAUGACUUUUUUGGAGUAUUCACUAUUGAGCAGAUAAAGGAAGCAGCGGCUGCCAUUAGAAGCUGAAAAAUAUCCUGAUACAUGAUUCACCAUCCUUCCAACAACCCUUGAAUUGCUUCAAUUCAAGUAAUAUGUUACUGUUUCUUUAAGCAAGCAACGUUUGUUACUUUUGUCUUCUACGCUUAGAGAGAAUUAUAUGUUAGCAAAAGAAUCGCGACAUUUUCUUUUCUAAUCACUGCUGGAUCAGACAUGGCACUGUCAGCUGAAUGCAAUAUAGCACCAACAGUUACAAUUUCUGCGCUUCUGGCCUGAGUUCUCUCAUUUUUAAGUCGAACUUUUUAACUU